AUGCAAGUUGGGGUACGCUCCUAUGCGAUAGUGGUUUUUGGCCUUAUGCUGAUAGCCAGAAGUGCGCAUUGCUCUGUUCGUAAGACGCAUCCUAUUGAAUUAACCAUCGAUUCUGGAUCGAUCCGUGGUGAAUACCUCACAAUUGGAGCUAACGAUUUUGCUGUUUUCAAAGGGAUUCCAUACGCUGCACCACCAGUCGGUUCACUCCGUUUCCAGAUGCCUGAACUUCCAGCGAAGUGGCGAGGAGUAAUGAAUGCGACACAAUACUCGGCAAUGUGCGCCCAAAAGCCACGAACACGCGACACAGAUCCGUCACAUCUUUAUCGAGUUCACAUUUCUGAAGACUGCCUCUACCUCAAUGUUUUCGCACCUCCACAGUUCACCAAUGAUACAUAUCCAGUAAUAGUGUGGAUUCAUGGAGGAGAUUUCCAAUCGGGUUCAAGUUCCGACUACCCGCAAGAGGCGAUUCUCAACAAUUUCGUAUCUCGGAAAGUCAUUUUCAUAUCGCUCAAUUACAGGCUUGGCCCACUUGGCUUCAUCUCUACUGGAGACGGAGUGAUACCUGGAAACAAUGGACUCUGGGAUCAAAUUCUUGCACUCAAAUGGGUCAAGUUGAACGCUCAUGUGUUCGGAGGUGAUCCUGAGAAUAUUUCGCUGAUGGGUCAUGGCAGUGGUGCUGCUUGUGCGUCAUUAUUAGCCUUAUCUCCUCAAGCUGAAGGGUUAUUCCAUCGAAUAGUUUUGAUGAGUGGUACAGCACUAUCACCAGGUGUUGUUCGUGAUACUGCAAUUAAUGCCACUUGGGCAUUAGAUCGUAAACUGCACUGCAGGUCUUUCAAUUCAAGCGAACUUCUCGAGUGCUUCAGGAAACAACUCAAAGAUGAAAUCCUCGAUGUCGUUAGGACUCGCUAUGAUGAUUAUGAGGAAUUCGUACCGAUCGUCGAUGGUGUCGGUGGUGUUUUACCCGAAUCACCCGAAAUGCUAGCAUCAUAUCGAAGAAAACUGCCAUUAAUGGUUGGAACAACACGUGAUGAGAGUGCGUUAAGGAUAGUAAUUAGGAACGAGAAGAACGUCAAUAUGAGCGCGUUAACAGCUGAAGUUGCUGAGUCAAUGACUGAGAAUUUGACGGUCGCGUUUUCGGGAUUUGUGAAUCAUCAUCUCAUAACUGAAGGUUGUAAGCACGAAUAUAUAUGGACCAAAAUCGAUCCAGCUCUUGAUUCGUCGAUUCUCUACAAUUCAGUGCUAAAAAUGUAUUCGCACUUCUGGUUCGAUGCGCCCGCAUCGCGGUUAGCAACCUAUUAUGCGAAAGGUGGCACAUCUGUCUAUUUAUAUUCGUUUGAUCACGUGAGCGAGAAUUUCGACAUUGAUCGUGCCUUUCAUGGAGUCGAUGAGAUAUUUCUGUUUGAUGUUGAGCCGAGAUUUCUCAUGAAAAGGCGAGAUCGUAACUGGCAGCUCGAUCGAAGGCUGACCGAAAUAUUCGCUGACUUGAUUAUCAAUUUUGCUAAAGUUGGAGUGCCUACUCCGGAGUGGUCUGGAUUCGCGUUCAACUGGACAGCGAUGGAUGUGAAUAGGCUUAACUAUCUGUCCAUAACGGAUAGUCCCGAAAUGGAGGUUGGCUUCAGAUGGCAAGGACAUGUUUUCUGGAACUGGUAUGCAAGGCACUUAGAUGCUGUCGACGUGGGAAACUUGCAGCGUAUUGCUCAACUGGAUAAGCAACUCGGCGACUAUCAGUUGGCUACAUGGAUGCUUCUAUUUUGUGCUCUGUUCUUCUUCGCAAUUCUCGUUGGAUUAGCGUGUUACUGUACGAGGAAGGAGGCCGAUGAUGAAGAUCUCUAA